UCUCCCCUCCAGUUCCAGGAGUUCCAGGAUAACAGCCAGUGGUUGCAGAUUGACCUGAAGGAGGUGAUGGUGGUGUCUGGUAUCCUGACCCAGGGGCGCUGUGACGCUGACGAAUGGAUCACCAAGUACAGCGUCCAGUACCGCACCGACCAGAAUCUCAACUGGAUCUACUACAAGGACCAGACGGGGAACAACAGGGUGUUCUACGGGAACUCAGACCGCUCCUCCUCGGUUCAGAACCUCCUGCGUCCUCCCAUGGUAACUCGCUACAUCCGUUUGCUCCCUCUGGGCUGGCACACACGUAUCGCCAUCCGCAUGGAGCUGCUGCUCUGCAUGAGCAAGUGUACCUGAUUCUGUCUGUCCUGACGACCAGGGUCACACUCAGCAGGGUACAACACCGUGGAACGUUCAGACAGAAAAUGUAAUGAAUAGAACUGACAUGAUUCUACAUGACAGAAAGUCAUAUUGGUUCUACACAAUAUAUUUCUAUGUGACGGUCCUGUAAUGAUACACCAUCCUGAACAGGCCCAAGGAGAGCCCUGGUCGUUCCCUGGUCGUUCCCCU